AUGGGUCCUUUUCCAUGUCUAUCAUGCUUCACCACCCCAAAAUCCAACACCAAAAACCACUUUAUCCCUCUCGAACAACUAUGUCACCGUUAUUCUUGUGCUCAACUUCAAAAAGCCACAAACAACUUCAACCAAAGUUCAAUUGUUAGUGGAGAAGGCCCAUGUCAGGUCUACAAAGGCCACCUCAAAGCCCAAGGAUAUGUUGCAAUCAAGAAGUUCAAGACUAGAAGCCCAGCUGGUGAUACAGAAUUCAGGGCUGAAGUUAAAAUUCUUUGUCAACUACACCACCCAAAUGUUGUUCCUUUGAUUGGUUUUGGUGAGCAUAAAAGUGACAAGUUCGUUGUGUAUGAUUAUGUCUCUAAUGGAAGCCUCUAUGAUUGUUUGCAUGGUACCAACAUUAACAAUGUUGUUCCAUUGUCAUGGAAACAAAGACUAAACAUUUGUAUUGGUGUGGCUCGUGGACUACACUACAUUCAUUUUGGAUCAAAGAUACCCAUCAUUCACCGUGCAGUGAAAUCAAGCAACAUUCUUUUGGACCAUAAUUUGGUGCCUAAAUUGGCAGAUUUUGGGCUAUGCAAGAAGGAACCUCAAGGGGAUUCAAGGCCAAAACCACCAAGAGUUGAGGUGAGGGAGGAUUUGGAAGUUAGUUUGGAAUACAUGGACCCAGAGUUUCAUAUGUAUGGAUGGCUAUCAAAGAAGUGUGAUGUGUAUUCUUUUGGUGUGGUUUUGUUGGAGAUUUUAUGUAGGAAAGAAGCAUGUUUUUUGACCCCUUAUGGAGUUUAUGUGUACCUUGUCAAGUGGGCCUUUAAUGAUGAAAGAAAAGGUGUUCCUGAGAAGAUUGUUGAUCCAUGUCUCAUGGGAAAAAUAGCACCAGAGUGUUGGCAAGUGUUCAUUGAGAUCCUUCAGAGAUGUUUGGCUUCAGAUGGUGAAGAGAGACCAACAAUGGGGGAAGUGGAAGUGGUUCUAGAGAAUGCAUUGCUUUUGCAGGAAAGAGCAGAUGCUGAGAAGGAGCAUCAUGAUCCCAGUUCUAAUUAUAGCUUGGCCAAUUGCAACUAA